GUUCUGAGCCAAGAUGGGGAACUGGAUCAUAAACCACGGACUGGAAUCCUUUAUUCUGGUGGUCUGGAUGGGCAUCAAUAUCUUCUUGUUUGUUCGUUUCUAUUUGUUCUACGACUCUGGCCCUCAGUUCUUCUACACUCGUCAGCUACUCGGGUCUGCACUCGCCUGGGCCAGAGCUCCUGCCGCAGUUCUCAACUUUAACUGCAUGCUCAUCCUCCUGCCAGUAUGCCGCAACCUUCUGUCUCUGCUCCGUGGCUCAUUUGUGUGCUGUGGACGAACUAUGCGGAAACAGUUGGACAAAAACCUUACAUUCCACAAGCUGGUUGCCUACAUGAUUGCCUUAAUGACCGCGGUUCACACUGUUGCUCAUUUGCUUAACGUGGAAUGGUAUAUCAACAGUCGACAUGGACGAUAUGGUCCUCUGCCUGGUAAUCUCUCCAUGCUUGAAGAUGACGAUGACGAUGACCAUCACACUACUUUCCUGAAUCCUGUCCAGUCUGACUCUACGACUCCAACCAUAUUUGCAUUUACCACCAUUGCUGGCCUUACGGGUGUUGUAAUCACCCUGGCUCUCAUCCUCAUGAUUACGUCCUCAAUGGAAGUCAUUCGGCGAAGUUACUUCGAGGUCUUCUGGUACACUCAUCACCUCUUCAUCAUCUUCUUUGCAGGCCUCGUCUUUCAUGGUGCAGGGCGCAUUGUGCGAGGCCAGGUGUCCACUGACCCUCCUCAUAAUACGACCCUUUGCAAAGAUCAUCCAGACAAAUGGGGCAAGAUUUCAGAAUGUCCAAUUCCUCAGUUUGCUGGAGGGUUUCCUCAGACCUGGAUGUGGGUGAUUGGUCCUAUGGUAAUCUACAUAUGUGAGAGAUUGCUACGCUUUAUCCGCUACUUGCAGGCUGUGCGGUACAAAAAGAUUGUGAUGCAUCCAUCCAGAGUCCUGGAGCUACAGUUGGUGAAGUCUGGUUUCAAAAUGGAUGUUGGCCAGUAUGUCUUUUUGAACUGUCCAGAAAUCUCUCAACUCGAGUGGCACCCAUUUACAAUGACAUCAGCCCCUGAGGAAGAGUUUUUCACCAUUCACAUUCGCCAAGCUGGUGACUGGACUGAGAAACUGAUCAAGAUGGUGGAAAACCUACCAGAAGGGAGUCAAGGACCAAAAAUUGGUGUGGAUGGUCCAUUUGGGACUGCCAGUGAAGACGUUUUCGAUUAUGAGGUCAGCAUGCUAGUGGGCGCUGGGAUUGGAGUGACCCCAUUUGCCUCCAUCCUGAAGUCCAUCUGGUAUAAGUUUAAAGAUUCCAACCCCAAACUGCGCACAAGAAAGAUUUACUUCUACUGGUUGUGCAGAGAGACACAUGCCUUUGAGUGGUUUGCAGACCUGCUUCAGGUGCUUGAGAAAGAAAUGGACGAGAGAGGCUUGAAAGACUUCCUAACAUAUAAACUCUUCCUCACUGGUUGGGACCAUACUCAUGCAGCUCAUGUGAUGGUGCAUUUUGAUAAAGAUACUGAUGUUAUCACUGGACUAAAACAGAAGACCCACUAUGGGAGACCCAACUGGGAUAAAGAAUUUGAGCAAGUUCGCCAAGAGAACCCAUCGUCAGUGGUUGGCACGUUCCUGUGUGGCCCGGCUGCCUUAGCGAAAGUUUUGGAAAAGAAAUGUGUGAAAUAUUCAGACGUGGAUCCUCGGAAGACCAAAUUUUACUUUAACAAAGAGAACUUUUAGGCAGAUUGGUCACAAGCAACCAUUUUAACUUGAGGGACAAACUUCUCCAGUCUUUGCACUUUCCGUUAUGAGCUUAUGCAAUGUCAACUUGACAAUAUGACGGAAUACAUUCUUGUAUUGCUGCCUACGUGAAUGUGGAGGUCUGAAGUAAUUAACACUACCUCUUCCAGUAAAGAGCCUGAUUUAUUGUUGCUGCACUCUGUGUGGCAUGAGGUUUAGCUAUGGCAAGUCUGUAGGUUUCUGCAGGGGCCAGCUGUUUGUAGUGAUAACCAUUAGUGUAAAAUAUUUCAAGAAGUUGUUGCUACUCUGUAGCCACAUACUAUUGACACUAUAUAUGCAAUACUAUGUAUUGAAUUAUCCAAUUUCUGGGAUGAUUGCAGAUUUGCAGUUUUUGAAAGGCAGACAGAAGCCCAUAGGUACACUUCACACUGACUAUAAAUCAGGCUUUAAUGCCAGUUGGUGUGUGAUUUUCUUUAAUCUGGGUGUGGCUUCCUAUCUUCUGAGAUUCUUAUCUGAUUGUCAAAGCUAUGACGAUUAAUCAAUUCUCACCAAUUCGCCAUGUUUAAGCAGGUUGCUUUGUAGAAGACCUGUUGAAUCAGAAGUUUCUGUGUGUUGGCACGGUGUUUCUUCACCUAUGCUUCUCAGAAAAGGUUUACCAGGAUAUACAUAGGGAAGAAAAAGAUUCCUGGAAACCAAGAGGCUUUUCAUUACAGCCAGGCCAAUUGCUCUAGAUAAACCACUUCCUCAAUAAAUGUUAUUUUCUCGUA